UUUGAAAUUCACCAAUCGAAAGAAUGUUAUCGAUUGUCUAACAAAGUACUUUCGAUUCUGUUAAGUGUGUUGUAACUGAUAGUAGGAAAGAGAGAGGUUGUAUGCCUUGUAAUUUAAAUUUAGCUCCUUUUGACAACAAUUAAUCGAGCUACAAAUGCCAAAUCGCGCGUUUAACAUAAUGUCAACGAUUAAAUUUAGCAUGCACUGCGUGACAAUGGCCGGUGAGGUUCUGAUAACGAGCAAAGCAAAUGCAAAAAAGAAGCAUGGCUUAAAAUGUUCAAAGUUCGAUCAAUCCGAGGACUCUGAUCCUGGUAACAAUCUAUUGCGUCAUAUGUGCGAGCAAUGCGGAUAUAGAACUCGCAUAUCUGGAAAUUUAAAGGUGCACAAGCGCCGUCAUACUGGCGAGAAACCCUUCUGUUGUAACAUAUGCAAUGCAUCAUUCGUGGCACGAUACCAAUUAACCACACACAAUGAGCGUCAUAUGGACACAGAUCAACGACGCAGUCGCUACAUGUGCAGGGAGUGCAAUGUAGGAUUCCUUAGUGCACGCGCGCUUUAUCACCAUAGGCCGCUUCAUGCUCAGGUGAAGCAGUAUAAAUGUAGCGUAUGUGAGAAGUCCUACGCGCAGGCAGCAGGAUAUGCGCAGCACAAGCGCUGGCAUCGCCAACGCAACGAGCGAGCAACGGCCACAACCAAUCUGAAAGUAUCUGACACAAUCGAGACGAUUUUAAAUUAGCCCGCGUAGCCAUUUAUCAACACUAUAUCAUUUCGAUAGCAUUGCUAUUGUUAUGGAAAUCGUGCUAUCGAUGCAUUGUUUUGGUAGUUGUGUGGGCGAGUAUCAAUUUGUUUAUUUUUGUUUUCAUGGCAAAUGUUGAAAUAAACAAAUUCGCAGCAUGUUAAA